AUGGGCUUGUCAGGAGACAUAUUAUUUGAAUAUUUUUAUUGGGCUAGGAGAACAAUUAAGGUUGCAAUAAAUGGGCUUAGGAUCGAAGGGUGCGGAGGGAAGGUGAUAAACUGGAACGGUUUAAGAGUGUCGGGAGUGCUUGCAACCUCAAGAUCUAUAGGUGAUGAAUAUCUAAAACCAUAUGUAAUAACGGAUCCGGAGGUAAAGAUUUUGAGUAGGACGAAACUGGACGAGUUCUUAAUACUUGGGAGCGACGGGCUGUGGGAUGUGAUCUCGAACGAGAUGGCGUGCCAGGUGGCGAGGAGGUGUUUGGAGGGCCGGAUAAGGAGGAGCUCUGGCGCCGGCUAUACGCGAACGAUGGAGGCUGCUGCCGUUUUGGUUGAGUUAGCGAUGGCUCGGGGCAGCUGCGACAACAUCAGCGUCGUUGUAGUCGAUUUGAGCCGCAAUCAAACUCAAACUGCUGCCUAUUCAUGCUAGUGAUGUGCUAGUAUAUUGGCACCCGAUCUAAGUGGAGUCGGGAGUCGGGUUCACUUGCGAUCUUCGUCUCUUAUUCCGUGCGAUGUUGCUGCACUCCUGCUGACCCCAUGGGUUUCAUUUCUUGUAUAUUCCAACUUGUUGAGCUCAUUCAUCAUAAGAGACCACAAAAAGAUUUUGAAGGCCAACAAAAGAUAGACAAAAUAGUUACAUGUGUGAUGUGUAGUUCUUGGCAUGCGCCUCUCGACUUAAAUAAAAAGUCGCUAUUUGGCUGCCUUUGAAAGUAAAUUACUUGACGUGUCAGAAAUAUAGCAUGUCGAUGGAUCUAUUUUCUUUCUUGAACA